GUGACAGAGGGGAUUGCUUUCCGAUAAGAGCAGGGUGGGCAGUGACAUCCCCUUUAGGUUUUAGAUUUAAAAGUUGUUGGUGCCCAGAGUUUUGGACCAGAUGAAGAAUUAGCCGCAUAACUGGAAGGAAGGAAGGAAGGAACGAAUUAACUCAGAGCGGGAUUGGUUCUUGUGUUGAGAGAUACCCCUGAAUGAAAGGCAUGGCAGUGAUUUCCUUUGUGUUACUGUUCAGUUUGGUCUGCUGCAGCUGCACAGGUCAUCCAACUUCCAAGCCCACCAUCCAGCCUCAGAAGCCACUGGUGGAACGCGGAGGCGCCAUCCAACUGGUCUGCUCCAUGGAUUGUCCUGGUGCAGAAGUGCAGUGGGAAGGCCUGGACACCGACUUGGGGAACAUAGUUUCGAACUACACGCACAGCAUCCUAACGCUGACCAAUGCAACCAUCAACAUGGAGGGGACAAAGUCGUGCUCAGGAGGGUGCCAGGGGACACCCUCUCUGGAAAAGGUGGAGCUGAAUGUAUAUUCUCCACAGGAGGUGCUCCGUGCUACAGGGAGCACCAUCCUUACUCUCACAUCUGGAAAGACAAGCCAAACAGCUGCUCCAGAGCUACCAACCACCGCUGACUGGAAGUCGUCAUUUGGGACGACCACCAGCCCUCUCCCUCUUGUUUCCACCAAUUAUCCCACUUCUGGGGCAUCUGUGGUUACAGCCACAGCCACGCUGGAAUCCCCAGCCAAAGAUAAGAACUCCGUCACAGUUGUGAGCAACACCACUGGAUCUUCUUGCCCAACAGACCAAGAAUUCACUACCCAGCCUCUUCCCACAAGCAACUCUUUCUCGACGGAAUCGGCCACGGAAAAGCCAGAAGACCCCUGCUGCCCUGUGAUCAUACCUGUGCCUGCUGUAGGAAUCACAGGGGACGCCCUUCGCAUUACAUGCCAGGCAGCAGGGUGCGGCAAAGGCAUCCAAAUCCAGUGGGUGGAAACCCCCAUGGCCCAAUCACAGUACCACCUGGAGGAAGCUGAGGGCCAGUCAACCCUGAUGGUUGAGAGCGUUGGCUUGGAGCACCAGGGUGUCUAUCAAUGUGUUGCAAUGGCCAGCCAACCCCGAAUAGCAAGCUUAGAUGUCACUGUGUCUCCAGGUGAGUGAGCUGAAGUUUCAGAUUCGAAGCACUGGGUCAAGGGUCA